AUGGACCGCCCCAAGGCGAAGUAUUCCAAUGGAUCUGGAAGAACCUGUCAAAACUGCGCAAGAGCCAAGAUUCGAUGCAUCCGCAACGAGCCCACAGGAAGUUGUGAUCGAUGUGAGCGUCUAGGAAAAGCUUGUCACUUUCGUGAAGGUCGAAGCAUUAUUCCAACUACAAGUUCAGGGGAGACUAAAGGCAGGCUCGAUGCACUGGAAGCCAAAGUAGAUCAGCUACUGGCCCAAUCAGGAACACUACUUCCGACCAACAGUUCUACAGCAACAGGGACUCCAGCGAGUGCUUCUGCGCACCCUAAGGAUGUCAUCGACCAAGGGCUGCUUUCCCUAGAUGCCGCCAACAUGCUACUUCAAGAAUUCCGGGCGACACUCAUGUCUUAUUGCCCAUUUGUGAUAAUUCCACCGCAUGCGACCGCUGAAACGUUGCGGCGAGACAAACCAUUUCUACUGCUCACAAUUCUCACGGUCGCUCUCCAUGACAACAUGCCUCUACAGCGCACACUGGAGAAGCAGGUAAAGAAGGCGAUCAGUGACUGUAUGAUCUUUGAUGGCUCUGUUUCAUUCGAAAUACUCCAGGGACUUCUGGUCCAUCUUGCGUGGUGCCAGUAUCACUCCAGACCCCGUCGAUUCUCUCAAUAUCUGCAUCUUGGGAUUAGUAUCAUCGCUGAUUUGCAGCUUGAUCGUCCCCCCGAGCAUCGAUUCUGGAGAACCAGGGUGAGCUUUCAUGAUGAAAAGAGCAUAGAAUCGAUGUCUUGGGGCCGAGAAGAAAAAAGAGCUAAGCGGUGUGCCUUCCCAUAUCUACCAUAUUUCGAGAACAUGUGCAAGACUCUGGCCACCGAUGCGGAGCAUCCUUCAGAUAAAUACCUCCUCCACAUUGUGCAACUACAACAACUCUCCGAGAGAAUUUCCCAAGCUUCGACUCAAAACCUCACUGGGCUCCACCACCCCAACUUUUCUCUCGAGCAGGAAUAUCGCCAGUUUAGAUCAGAACUUGAUCUAUAUCGAACCAAUUUACCAUUCCCAUUGACCGAAACUCCUCUUCUAUUCAUGCAGUGUUACACUGUCGACCUGUAUCUAUGUCAGAUCACACUCUUCGAUCACAAGCCCAGUGCACAACGUCCACCCCUCGAGUCGUCUUUCCAGAUUGACGUGUUGCGCACGGGGCUCACAGCGACGAAAACUUUACUCGACUAUUACAUCUCCCUGCCACUAGGUUGUGAUGUGAAAUUCAACAAUGCGGGCUGGGUGCAACUUGGCUUUGCAGUCACACUUGCUUGCAAGCUAGUGUCGGCAGCAUCAGAGCCAUUCGUCCACGCCCACACAGUCGAUCUGUGCCAAGCGCUGGAUAUGUCGAACAUGUUGAAACGGUGUAUCCUCCGCAUCCAGGCAUUCAUCACACCCAACAUGGAUGCUUCUGGGGACAGGAAUGUAUUUUUUCACUAUGAAAAACGCCUCAAGAGCGUCCAGUGGUGGUUUGAGAACCGAGCGCUCUCCGGCCCCAACAAUGAAUAUUCCCAGCAAAACGCGCAAUUUACGGAAGGAAUGGAUUCAACCACCGGCGAUACAACCCGGGAUCUUAACGCAUUGAACUCAAUGGGAGGGUUUGAUAACUUCAACCAGUGGUCGGGCUUCUUCCCAGAUGCGACAAUCGACGGAAUGUACAUCGACUGGAUGGCACAAGCGACGACGUCAUUUGGGCAACAGCAGUUGGGAUAG